AUGACCUUAAAGGAUACGCACAUAUUACACGGCUGGACAGAUUGGGAGGUCAACGGCAAUGGCCACACGUAUAGCGGUCUAGACUCUGGCCUGCUGCUCUGGGCCAUUAUCAAUGCCAUACUCUUCAUUCUCAUAUUGGGCGGCAAUAUAUUGACCAUUUUAGCGCUCCGCACGUGCCGCAAUUUGCGAUCGGUCAUUUCAAAUUUGUUUAUUCUGUCGCUAGCUAUGUCCGAUUUUAUUGUCGGCAUUUCAUUGCCCUAUCACGUCGCCUUCUACAUGGGCUCCGACUUGGGCCGCGUUCGUGGCUAUUGCUUGCUACGCUUCUUCCUCUUCAUCUGCGCUUGCUGCGUCUCCAUAUUGACGCUGAUCUCAAUAGCGGUGGACAGAUAUAUUGCAGUCAUCUAUGCACUGCACUACAGACGCUAUAUGACGCGACGCAUGGCGUAUGUGAUUAUCACCUUCAACUGGUGCCUGGGCGCCUGUGUGGCCCUCAUACCUAUCUUCUGGAACAAUUGGAAAGAGGCACAAGAGUGCGAGUUCGACGAGGUGUUGUCGCCCUGGUAUGUGGCAGGCAUCAUAACCCCCGCAUUCAUUGUGAUUUGGAUAUGCAUGCUGAUGGUGUAUUGGCGGAUAAUGCGCGAGGCCUCCAAGCAAGCGAAGCGCCUGCGCCAUUCCGUGAUCUACGACGCAGCGCAUACCGGAGCCAGUCUGCAUCCAGACUGGAAGUCUGUGCAGAUUGUUGUCUUUAUCAUGGGCAGUUUUACAAUCUGCUGGUUGCCUUUUUUUGGCGUAGCCAUUGCUCAACUGUUUCAAAUGUGCCGCAGCAACUCAAUCUUCUAUAAGACGGCCUUCUCAUUGGCCAUGACCAACUCGGCCCUGAAUCCCAUUAUCUAUUCUUGGAAGAACACUACUUUCCGCAAGGCAUUUGCACAGACACUGUGUUGUUGUCGAAGACUGCCCAGGCACGCGCACGAUCUCAGUACUUUGCCUGAAGUGCCUAAUUGCCCAAAAGUGGCCUUGCCAGAAAAGCCGAGCAGGAUUCUAGAGGAGCCCCCAGCCAUGAUGCCAGAGACUUGUACAACUGUACUGCCCACCAAGUCAUUAUCAAUAUCAAUUCACUGCACGGAAAUAAAUCAAUAA